GAAAAACCGAUCCUUUAGGCAUCAUGUUAGUUUGCUGAGGAAGCGCGCAAAGCACGCACGCAAGAGCGCACCUCUUGGAGAAGAUGGAUUGUAAGAAAAAGUUAAACGCGACUUCUGCUCCGCACUGAACAGAAGGGGUGGUAAUGCCCUGCAAACUUUGCGUGUUUCCAAACUUUUCUUAACUCGGUUCAUGGAGUUUCGCGUCAAGUCCGCAGAGGCUUGUUUGCGCUUUUUGCGUUCAAUGGUGGUGCCAGCUUAGUCCUAGUUUACGGGAAUCCGACUCCAGGCAAAGUUUUCCUCGGACAGAAAGACUGAGUGGAAGAGCUUCGGUUUCGACGUGAAAAGAGAGGGCAGAGACGGUUGUGACAGAAAUUGAAGAGCAGCAUGGAGACUUCAAAUCCAACAGCCACUGAGAAGAAGGAGUGUAAGGGCUCAGGUUUGGAUGGAAGCAGCUUCUCAGAACUCCCAAAAAAGCCCUCACCCACCACUCUGACCAGAGGUUCCCACCACCUCUUCCCUACGUUUCACGCACCCAUCCCAAUUGACAUGAGACACCACGAGGGGCGGUACCAUUAUGAGCCACACCCACUUCAUGCUAUGCAUGGACCUCCAGGACUGACGGGCAGUCCAGUCAUCUCAGAUAUUUCCCUGAUCCGUUUAUCACCCCAUGCGGCAGCUGGGACGGGUGAGUCACCGUUCAGCCCACCACAUCCGUACGUCAGCCCCCACAUGGAGCACUACCUACGCUCGGUACAUGGUAGCCCCACCCUCUCCAUGAUCUCAGCUGCCCGGGGACUGAGCCCUGCUGAAGUGACCCAUGAACACUUGAAGGACCGUGCCCUGUUUAGUCUCCCCCCUCCUCCACCGGGGGCCAACCCCACAGAGUACUACCAUCUGAUGGCCAGUGCCAGUCAGCGAAGCCCCUACGGUGACUUGCUGAUGCAGAGUGGUGCAGCAGCGGCUGCAGCAGCAGCAGCAGCUGCAGCUCAUCUCCCCGAUUACAUCAACCCCAUGGAUGUAUCACGUUUUUCUAGCCCACGGCUGACACCCCGGCUGAGCAGGAAGAGGGCACUGUCCAUCUCUCCGCUGUCAGAUGCCAGCAUUGACCUGCAGACCAUGAUCCGCACCUCGCCCAACUCCCUAGUGGCCUACAUCAACAACUCCCGCUCCAGCUCAGCCGCCAGCAGCUCCUAUGGGCACCUUUCAGUCGGAGGGAUCAGCCCCUCGUUCAGUUUCCCUCAUCCCAUCAAUCCAGUGGCAUACCAGCAGCUUUUGUCCCAGCAGAGGGGUCUCAACGCCUUCGGCCACACGCCUCCUCUCAUUCAACCAUCACCAUCCUCUUUCUCUGUUCGCCAACACCCCCUCACUGCUUCACCUAUGUCCACCUCUCACAACAGCUCCAACUCUGAGGCAAACCAGAAUGCCAAUGGAGACCCAGCAGUAAGCAGCACAGUCAAUCCACUGACCACCAAGAGAUCAAAAGUUAAGAUGGAAGCAGAAGGUCCACUGCCCAUCUCACCGUCCUCUCAGGACCAUGGUGGAGGGAUCUUGGACUUAAGUGAUGAUGUGGAUAAAGAUGAGUGCAAGCAGGAGCCUGAGGCCAUAUAUGAAACCAACUGCCACUGGGAGGGCUGUACCAAGGAGUAUGACACCCAGGACCAACUUGUCCAUCACAUCAACAAUGACCACAUCCAUGGUGAGAAGAAGGAGUUUGUGUGUCGCUGGGAGGAGUGUUCACGGGAGCAGAAGCCCUUCAAGGCUCAGUAUAUGUUGGUGGUCCACAUGAGGCGACACACAGGGGAGAAGCCGCAUAAAUGCACAUUUGAGGGCUGCUCCAAAGCUUACUCUCGCCUGGAGAACCUCAAGACCCACCUCAGGUCCCACACCGGAGAGAAGCCGUAUGUGUGUGAGCAUGAGGGCUGCAACAAGGCCUUCUCCAAUGCCUCAGACCGGGCCAAGCACCAGAACCGCACACACUCAAACGAGAAACCAUAUGUGUGUAAGAUCCCAGGUUGUACCAAGCGCUACACGGACCCUAGCUCUCUCAGGAAGCAUGUUAAGACAGUACACGGACCAGAAGCCCACGUCACCAAGAAACAACGUAGCGAUGCUCCUCCAAGACAGCAGCCACCCAAAGGCAACGGGGAGAAUGACGCAAAUUCCAGGCACGGUGCAAGAGGCGUGGACGGCAAGAUUGAGGCCAACAGCACCUCUAGAGGAGUGGAAGACUGCCUACAAAUCAAAUCUAUCAAGACAGAGACCGCUAUGACAUAUCAGUCCAGUCCUGGCGGCCACUCGUCAUGUAGCAGUGAGCCAUCGCCUCUCAGCAGCGCCAACAACAACGACAGUGGGGUAGAGAUGGCAAUGCACAGCGGGGGCAGCUUCGGGGACCUUAGUGCACAGGAUGAGUGCCCGAUGGUUGACUCCACUGUUCCCGCUGGGGGACAGCAGGGUGGGGUGGGCCUUCAGUUAAGGAAAACCGCAGGUCAUGGUGGCAGGGUCACCAUCAAGCUGGAAAACAUCAAGAAGGAAAGGCUGAAGACAGUGAGAGACUCCUGCCCCUGGGUCAACUCUGCACCACAGCCACCACAGGGCCAACGCAACAGCAUGAAGCUGCCUCCCAUACCUGCAGUCGGGUCCCUGCUGGAGAACUCCAAUGUGAUGAGUAACUUAAGUGGUCUGCACCCCAGCCAACGCAUGGGUGACCUGUCUUCAUGUGAAAUAACACUUUUGAACCAGUUGAAUGAGCGGCGUGACAGUACCACCAGCACCACCAGUUCAGCUUACACCUUGAGUCGGCGCUCCUCUGGUAUUUCACCCUGCUAUUCCAGUCGUCGCUCCAGUGAGGCAUCCCAGUUUGGUGCUAAUCGCCAUAACAAUAUCAGUUCGGCUGACUCCUAUGACCCAAUCUCCACUGAUCUGUCUCGCCGCUCCAGUGAGGCCAGCCAGUGUGGAGGUGGUGGUGUCAGUGGAGGAGGUGGAGGAGGUCUCCCAAGCCUCCUUAGUCUGACACCUGCUCAGCAUUAUCGGCUAAAGGCAAAGUACGCUGCUGCCAUUGGUGGAGCUCCACCUACUCCUCUCCCUAAUAUGGAUCGAAUGAGCCUGAGGACCCGCAUGGCAUUGUACAGUGAGUCUCAUGACGGCUCAUCUCAUCCAUUCCAUCAGCUACCCUCUGGAACUGCGCCCCGGCGCUGCAGUGACAUUGGAUAUGGCACCCAGAGCAUGAUGCCCCAUGAGGUACCCACCAACCUUCCACGCCGUGCUAGUGACCCAGUGCGUCGUCCCACACUCGACCAUCUCUCCUUUCCAAGGGUCCAGCGCUAUAACAGCAUGAAUAGCAUGAGCCCCAUGAAUGGUCCAUCUGCUGCAGAACGCCACCAGGCACUGGCUAUGCAGGGCUACACUCGCUCUGAUGGUAGCCUUCAACGCUACCCAUUUACCCCCAGACCACCUAGCAUUUCUGAGAAUGUAGCCAUGGAGAACAUGUCAGUAGAUGGGAUAAUGUAUGGGGGAGAGCAGAGUGGGGAGGAUGAUAUGGUGCUCCCAGAUGAUGUGGUGCAGUAUCUCAGAUCCCAGAAUUCUGGCCUCUCAGGUCACAACUCGGGGCAAGUGGACUAUCAUUCCAACAAUCAGACUCAGGGCUACCAGACAGGCAUGCCCCCACCAGCAUCAUUUUAUGCGCAGAGGAGGAUGGCCAUGGUGGAUGCCACCAUGACUCAGUCUAAUCAGGAUCUACCCUUCUCAGCACCAUCAGACAACAUGAACAAGAAUAACAUGCCCGUGCAGUGGAAUGAGGUGAGCUCAGGGACUGUGGACACCACGACCAAGCUCUCCAGACAGCAGCAUCCUCUCAGGGGGAACCUAGCUGUUGUUCAGCAGAGGCACAGUUUUGGAUCCUUCAAGGCACAAGGUCAGGGCCCGGGCAGCAACCAGCAGGUAGUGCCUACAAGUCAGAAUAUAUCUAUGCAGGGCUAUGCGAACCACAACAGCCAGAGGCUUAUGAACAUUACCCACCAGCAGAUUCAGCAACAGAGACAAUGCAAUAAUGUAAACUUUAGUGAGCAAAUGAGUCCUCAGCAAGGGUAUGGCCAAGAGGCAAUCCCAAAUUCUAUAGCUGGGAGCACUAGCGUGAGAACUACCUGCAACAGUAUGGCAGAUCCAGAACUGCAAAGUUACAGAGCAAGGACACAGGCUGAUGGGUAUUCUCAUAUGAACCAAGUGGAUCAGCAGCAAAAUUACAAUGUUCUCUCCCAGCAGCAGCACAAUAUACACAAUGGAGGCAGAGGAAUGUUACAACCCCGGCCUCCCACAGAGCCCAAGUCUAAUGCCAGGCAUUACACAGGGUCUAGUAUGAUGCAACCAAGCCGAAUACCCAAGUCAACUGAUUUGAGCAAUGGUAAUGACACCUCAGAAGCAAGCCCAAAGAGGCCCAGUGGGUCAGUGGCCCACAACAGCAACUCUGAAAAUCCACACUCUGCUGUGUUCUACACAGGUCAGAUUCAUAUGUUUGAGCCAACUUCUGUCAGCUUUGAUACCCCCAUGUCCCCCUGUGUCAGCCAGGUUCCUGCCAGCAACAACACUGCAGCAGCCAAUAUGGCUUCACCAGGAGUCAACCAGGUCUCCAGCAGUACAGUGGAUUCUUCUACUGGUGGAUCUGGUGGCACGGAGCAUGCCCAGAUUGACUUUGACACCAUGCUAGAUGAUGGAGACCACUCCAGCCUAAUGUCGGGCACCCUGAGUCCUGGCCUUCUGCAGAGCCUCUCCCAGAGCUCCUCACGUCUGACAACCCCUCGCAACUCUGUCACCCUCGCAUCUGUACCAGCAGGGAUUGGCAACAUGGCCAUCGGUGACAUGAACUCCAUGCUCACAGCUUUGGCUGAAGAAAGCAAGUUCCUCAACAUGAUAAGCUGAGAGCAAUCAAACACCUCAUUAUCGACCCAUUCUUACCAUUUCUACAUCAGGAAUAUAUGGACUACAACAGAAAGCACUGAUUGAACAAUGCAAAACUGGUUAUUUCAUGCAUUUUUUACUUCACUGUUCAUAGUAAUAUGCUUAUCUUGUAAUAUUCGCUUCAGAUUAUAAUAUGUUACAUUAAAAUUGAAUAGUAAGUAUAGUUAGGGUUAAGGACCAUUUUCUAUCAUCAUUUGUUAAAAAGCCAUACUUUUUGCUACAAAUAUAUGAUAGCGCAGGGUAUAUAAAUGCAUCUACAAACAACUGCCAUUCAGUAUUUGCUGGUGUUAAAGCCCUUUAGAAAGUGGUGCACUGAAAGCAGUUCACAUAGUGCCUUGCUGAGGACAUCAAGGCUGAGUGUUUGAGUAUGACAUGAAAACAAAGUUACCAGGAAAUGGUUCUGAUAUGUAGAUAUCAGAUAAUAUUUUCUCAUGAAGACCUUUAUGUGCAUAGAUUAUACUGUAUGGUACUUGCUUUAAAUUAUGCUAUAGACUUUUGAUGUUUGAACUAGGGCUGUCAAAGGUACAGUAUAAUGAACAACUACUAUUAAUUCAGAAAGGAUUUUUUUUUUUAAAUGACACCAGCAUUUAUGUAUGUUUGUUUUUCAGGAUUGCAAAACACAUCUUCACAAGGCUAAGCUACAGUUUGCUGUACCUUCUAUAUGCACAAUUCAAUAUGUGAGAUAUGUGAAGAGACUUGCAGUGCUAACCUGGAACACACACUAUAAAAAAAGUUGAAUUGAAAAUGAAAAAGUUGAAAUGAAAAUGGAAAUGAAUAAGAAAGAUGAACUUUUUAUUUUUGGUCAGAUUUAAAUCACAUGAUUCAGAAGGACAUCUAUAGUAAUGUAUGUAAUCUUUUGCAGGCAAAUAUCACAGAACUAGAGUGUCUUAUCUUUUCACUUCCCUGGCAAGCAUGCUGGUACUGAAAGCACUGAAGAAACAUAGUCAGAGCCCAACAGCAAAUCAUGCAUGUAGAAAUUGAUACAUACUUAUUAUGAAAAAAAAACUGAAAACAUUAACUGCUUUUACAGUUUAUAUAUGCACUUAAUACAAGUAUCUUGCAAUGAAGUAUUACCUUAGCAACAUCUCUUGUGCACAACUUUUUUUGUAUUGCUGAGUUUCAAUUACAUCUAGAUUUUGGAAUAAAGUUUUAUUUGUGAUUCUGAACACAUUUUGCCUACAUUAGACAUAUUGAAAGUAUAAGUGUUUUUUUUAAAUUUGAUGAAAGUCAAUGUGCAGCAAUACCAUUCAAACAUAAAUUUGUAACUAAUUGCUUUUUACAAAAUGGAGCAUUUGACAGCCCUAGUUCAAACUCGUGGUAGUGCAAAAUUAUACUGUAGUCAACAGAUAUUAAGUGCUUUUUGAUCAUGUUCCGAACUCUUGGGGAUGGCACUGAUGAACACUGAACGCAUUUCCUUCUUUGCCCUCUGGAUCAGAGGCAUUAACUCCCCAUGGUCCCAUCUCAUAAGGGUAAAUAAUUGGGAAGGACAAGGAUGUGCCUCUGUGUCAGUCGAUCAGGGCGCAUGAAUCCCUGUGUCUGAUGAACAGCAUUCUCUAAAAGAAUAUACAAGUACCUCUGUGUGUUCUCAGUAGAGAUCCAACCCUAAUUAACACAUUCAUGCACCCUCCCUUCACUCUACCCCAUAUCUCCCCUGGGUUCUGGAUGAACUGCAAAGAGUCAAGGAAGGGACUCCGACUUUGAUAAUGAAAUCCUGCUUCUGACAGGACUGGUGAACUAGCCCUCCAAAUUCCUCAGUUUUAUUAUGUUUGUUGAAUUUCUAAGUAGCCCUUCAAAUGUUUGUGUGUAUGCUAUCAUUCACUUUACUAUGCUCAGUGUGUGU